CCGGGCAGCCAUUUGUUUGCGGCCGCGGGAUUGGUCGCCCGGCUCCCGCGAGGGGGAGGGGAGGGAGGCAGCGCGCACUCGCGCGUGCGUGAGCUGGCGCGCGAGGAAGGGCCCGGUCGCGCCGAGGCUCGAGCGGCCGUCGCCAUUUUGUAGGGUUCUCUCUGACGCGGGAGCCGCCGCCGCCGCCGCCGCCACCCGGAGGCUCUUGUCAGGAUGGUGAAGCUUUUCAUCGGAAACCUGCCACGGGAGGCCACAGAGCAGGAGAUCCGCUCACUCUUUGAGCAGUAUGGGAAGGUGCUGGAAUGUGACAUCAUUAAGAACUAUGGCUUUGUGCACAUAGAGGACAAGACGGCCGCCGAGGAUGCCAUACGCAACCUGCACCACUACAAGCUUCAUGGGGUGAACAUCAACGUGGAAGCCAGCAAGAAUAAGAGCAAAGCUUCAACCAAGUUACAUGUGGGCAACAUCAGUCCCACUUGUACCAACCAAGAGCUUCGGGCCAAGUUUGAAGAGUAUGGUCCAGUCAUCGAAUGCGACAUCGUGAAAGAUUAUGCCUUCGUACACAUGGAGCGGGCAGAGGAUGCAGUGGAGGCCAUCAGGGGCCUUGACAACACAGAGUUUCAAGGCAAAAGAAUGCACGUGCAGUUGUCCACCAGUCGGCUUCGGACUGCCCCUGGGAUGGGAGACCAGAGCGGCUGCUAUCGGUGCGGGAAAGAGGGGCACUGGUCCAAAGAGUGCCCAGUAGAUCGUACAGGUCGAGUGGCGGACUUUACUGAGCAAUAUAAUGAACAGUAUGGAGCAGUUCGCACGCCAUACACCAUGGGCUACGGGGAAUCCGUGUAUUACAACGAUGCAUAUGGAGCAUUCGACUACUAUAAGCGUUACCGGGUUCGCUCUUAUGAGGCGGUGGCAGCAGCAGCAGCAGCUUCCGCAUACAACUACGCGGAGCAGACCAUGUCCCAUCUGCCUCAAGUCCAAAACACAGCAGUGUCCAGCCACCUCAACUCCACUUCUGUUGAUCCCUACGACAGACACCUGUUGCCGAACUCUGGCGCUGCUGCCACCUCAGCUGCUAUGGCUGCUGCCGCUGCCAACACUUCAUCCUAUUAUGGAAGGGACAGGAGUCCGCUGCGUCGUGCUGCAGCUGUGCUCCCCACCGUUGGAGAGGGCUACGGUUAUGGGCCAGAGAGUGAGUUGUCCCAAGCUUCAGCAGCUGCACGGAAUUCUCUGUAUGACAUGGCCCGGUAUGAGCGGGAGCAGUAUGUGGACCGAGCACGGUACUCAGCCUUUUAAAAACUGGAGGUGUGAACCUCAAAUGGACUGAAUAACCCUGAGUUGGUUGCAGUCCCAGGAGCCUGAUGUUAAUGAGGCUGCCAGGAUGAAAUACUCCAGAACUAUUGGGGAUCCAAAUUCGGGUCUCACCUUAGCAGAACUGAUCCAAGAACGUCACAGCUUUUGAAGUCGAUUGGCACAGAUCAAGACCAAGAUUUGGCCCUUUGUCUAUAAUAAGUAGAGGAACUUGGUGUGAGUUAACUUUUUUUUCCCCUCAGCCAUUGGUGUCUGGAGUUCCCAUCAAUAGAAGAAUUAGAGAAUUCUAGGAGUGAUUUCUUCUUUUGAUUUGGCAAGGGAGAUGUGGUCAAUUAGGGGAAUCACUGGAACUGUGGCUCUAAAUCUGUGACAGUGUGACACAUAGGUGUGUUACUGAUGGGUGAAUGGCCAAUUGCUCCUUGAUACCCUACCCUUUGUGACUAUCAUUUCUGAAAGCUUAUUUACUAUGAAAGAGUAAAAUGAAAUACAUUUAGAAUAGUGCAGUUGGCCAUAUAUGAGAUCUCAGCAUCUUCUGCUUUUCCUGGACCCAAAAACUAAAUUGUGGUUCUUAAUGUGUGCCCUUUGUUGGCCUAAAACAUGAAUAAGAAAAUAAGAUGUAUUUAUCACCAACAUAAUAUCCUCCAAGUAGAUUGCAUCUUGU